UCGUACUAUCGAAGGUUCGUCAAGGGAUUUGCAGCGAUCGCGGGACCACUCACGAAUCUCUUGAAAAAGGAUCAACCGUUGAUGUGGACCCCGCAGUGCGAUCGGGCUUUCGGAGAACUCAAGGCGGCCCUUAUUUCGGCCCCAGUUCUUAUAAGGCCGGACCCAGGGAAGCCCUUUGUUCUCAUAACCGAUUGGCAGUCGGAGGCGAUUUCCGCAAUCUUGGCUCAGGUGGGACCCGACGGUCUCGAACACGUGGUGGAAUACGCAUCUAAGACGGUGCCGACCUGCAAGCGCAACUACGCGACCCCGACAGGAGAAUGUUGCGCAGCCUUAUGGGGGAUCAGCCACUUCCGAGCAUAUCUGUACGGUCAAAAGUUUACAUUAGUAACCGAUCACGAGCCGUUGUUGGCUCUGAAGAAAUCCAAGGAUUACUCGGGUAUGAUCGGACGGUGGGCCACCAUCCUGCAGAGCAUGGACUUUGACAUCCGCCAUCGGAAGCACGAGAGGCAUGGGAAUGCUGACGAGUUGACACGACUACACCAACCCGAGAAGGUCCUCAAGACCGAAGAAGUGAUUCUGUGGAACGAGCCGGAGGAGGAAAGCGGAACGCGAUACGGACAGGUGACGUGGACACGGACCAGUGAGCAGCCUGCGUGCAUCGAGUACCUGGAGCUGUUGAUCUUGCAGGUUUGGAGAACGGACGUGGAAGGCGAUCUUCUCGGUUUCCUCUUCGGAUCGGUGCGACCAGGCCAUCGCCAGCCUAUCGUUCAAGAGCUCAUCGUCCCGCUCGCGCAAUUGGCUGACGAUCUCCCCCUCGACAUCGUUUCGCAAAGUGACGACAGUCCCGCUCCGCACAUCAUCACGCGGACGUUGGCGCUGUAUCUCCAGUGGACCGCUUCCUUGGAGGAACCUGGGAGUGAUAGCACGCUGCCAUCACAACAGGAAUACUUGAAGCCGUACGGGAUCAUCGAUCGCUCCUUCUAUCCAAAGGAGCCCGAGGCCCUUGAAGAAGAAGAGGAAGCCACUGAAGGAGAGGGCGACGUUGACGAAGAAACGUCAGAGGAAGGGAGUUAUAGUGAGUACAGCGAACGGGAGCAGAGUGAGGAGGAGGAAGAGCUUGAAGAAGAAGAAGACGAAGAGGAGGAAGCCGGAUCGGAGUGGGAGGACUUGCCGGAAAAAGUGGUGCACACAGGCACGGAAGCGAAAAAUCCCGAAGCGGCACGUAGAAGGGAAGAGAUCGUUGUCGAGAAAAGCCAGUUGGAAUUCGCCAGCGAAGCGAGCCCGUGCCUCAACGACGACCCGACCAAGGAUCCAGAGCCCCCCGAGCCCGAAGAUGGCGGAUCAGCAACCGCGGGUCCAAGCACAUCGCGACGGAGACGGAGUCGAUCCCCCUCCCCCUCCACCCCAGCCCGUCCCCCAGUUCGUCCACGUACCGAUGCGGGGAAUCGGCCUUCGUCCCCGGUCAUUAUCCCGCCAUCCCCUUGAUUACCUUACCCUCUCCCAGAUUUCUACCCCCGUCACCUUCCCUCGCAACCCCUUUCCUCCCAAUACUUUCAAGCACUUCUACUCCACCCGUCUCGCCGUCACCGUCCAUCCCAGCCCCUCCCUUCAAGUCGCGAACCCCACGUUCUGUCUACAUGUCCUCCUGUUCAGUGUCGCAUGGCAACAAAAUAAUGCAGUAGAA